GCAGGGAAUGGUCAUCAUGAAGCUGCUCAGCCUGUGUCUCUUGGUAGCCUCGGCCCUCGCGGCUCCAUCAACUAUUCCACGGUUCAGAAGAGGCCACAGCAGGAUAGUCGGCGGCACAGAUGCUCGUCCUGGGCAGUUCCCCUUCCAGCUUAGCUUCCAGGACACAGCAUUUGGUAGCAACUUCCACUUCUGCGGAGCUAUCGUCUACACUCCUGAUACUAUGAUCACCGCAGGACACUGUGUCGACGGAGAAAACUACGACAAUCCUCAAAAUUUGAGGAUCGUUGCUGGUGAUUACAACCUUGCUUCCGACGACGGCACCGAACAGGCGAGAGACGUCACUCAAAUCAUCCUGCACGAAGGCUACGACUACUCUAGUUUUGAAAACGAUAUCGCGUUGUUGAAAGUUGGUGUUGCUCUUACCUUUAACAAGUACGUGUCAGGAGUGACACUUCCUGCUCAGGGUCAAAGCUUCACAGGAAACGCUUUUGUGUCCGGAUGGGGAACUUUGAGCUCGGGGGGCCCAACGCCCGACACCCUGCAGUACGUAAGCGUGCCCAUCGUCAGCGAUAACGCUUGCAGAGAUAGCUAUGGUGCUUUGGAAAUAUUCGACUCAAUUGUCUGUGCUGGUGAAGCAGGCAAGGACUCCUGCCAGGGUGACUCUGGCGGUCCCAUGACGUGCGGAGAUUAUCUCUGUGGAAUUGUUUCCUGGGGACGUGGGUGUGCAGAACCUGACUAUCCCGGCGUGUACACCGAAGUGUCGUACUUCGUCGACUGGAUCCUCACCAACGCAUAAUGCCCUGAAUUUAAGUAUAAACUUAAAUUUAUACCUGUGAAUAGUACGCAAGUUGUCGAAGUUUAAUUCAACCUUAAAUAGCUGCCGAGAUGUUGAAAUUUAUUUUAAACUAGUCCAGGUAAUAAAAGUAGGAUAUCAA